UUAAUGGGUAUAAAAGAGCAUUGCAUCCCUGCGUGGCCGUCUGAGAGUGUUUACUGGGAAGGUGGAUCGAGAAACCUGGGAACGCAUUGACCUUUCUGUUAAGCAAAUUUGAUUUUUUCAUUUUCCUCUUUGGAGUUUUCAUUAAGGAGCCAUCAGCAUCACCCGCGUGUGAUCAACACCAGACAGCGUUAUCACAGAGACCAUGAGCAGCAACUACAGCGUCACUCUUUUAAGCCCUGCCCCCUGGGGCUUCAGGCUGCAGGGAGGAAAGGACUUCAGCAUGCCUCUCACCAUCUCCAGGCUUACUGAUGGUGGGAAAGCAGCUAAAAGUGGAAUCGCCAUUGGAGACACGGUUCUUUCCAUCGAUGGGAUUUCGGCGGACGGCAUGAACCACCUUGAAGCUCAGAACAAAAUCAAGAAUUGUACCGGCAACCUCAGCCUCACUCUGCAGAAAGCCUCCAGUGUCUGUAAACCCCCUCCUGUGGCACCAAAGGGCGACAGAUCAGACAUCAUAAAACCAGUAGCCAUCACUCAUCCACCUCCUCCACCCCACCCCCAGCCUAAUUGCCCUGCUCCCUACAACAAGGUGCCAAGACCUUACGGGGGACCCUCACCCCAGAGAGAGUGUUGUCCUUCACAGUCACCUUUUACCGCAGUCAUCCCCUCCCAAUCUUCUGCCUUCACUCCUGCCUUCUCCCAUGCUAGUCUUCCUCCACCACCCAGACCCCCAUCACCUCUUCCGUUCUCUUACCCAUCUUCUACCUCCUCCUCCUCCCCCCCUGUCCUCGUCCCGCCUCAGCCGUCGGUCUAUAACACGCCCAUCAACCUGUACUCCACUGAGAAUGCGUGUGAGGUGGCCAUGGGGCAGAUGAGGGGCCUGUUGGAGAGUCAAGGUGGAGCUUUACCACUUCAGUUUAAUGGUGGACCUCAAAAUCUUUUGAAGGUUCCCAGGAAACAUGUUGUGGACACAGACAUCCAUUUCUACCACGUGCCCACUCACGCUGAUGCCAGCAGGAAGCGUAUAAUGGAGGACACGGAGGACUGGCGCCCACGCACAGGCACCACCCAGUCCAGGUCUUUCAGGAUUCUGGCGCAGAUCACUGGCACUGAGAACGCUCGAACUGAAGAAGAGGACUCGGCCAAGAAGUCAAAUGAGGAGAUGGAAGAGCCUGAACUCAGCUCCCAUCAGUCUGCAGUUGUCAAGACGAUGAUCAAAGGAAGUGCUUUGAACCACGGUCGUUCCUCUCAGACCAGUUUGAUCACGCCAUCUUUUGGGAUGAAGGGUAAUGGCAGCGCAGGUGUCUCGAGGGGUCCUGCACCAAGCCGGCCUGUCCCUCAGCCCCACCCUAAAGAUGAGGACACUCUGGUUCAGAUGGCUGAACAUAUUCCCGCUGGGAUGCGAACUCCUAUGUGUGCUCACUGCAACAUGGUCAUCAGGGGGCCAUUUUUGGUUGCUAUGGGAACAUCGUGGCACAAGGAGGAGUUUAACUGUGCCCACUGCCGUACCUCCUUGGCGGACAUAGGUUUUGUUGAAGAAAAGGGAUCUGUGUUCUGUGAACACUGCUACGAAGAUUUCUUUGCUCCAACUUGCAGCCGCUGUCAGGCUAAGAUACUGGGGGAGGUGAUAAAUGCCCUCAAACAAACAUGGCAUGCCUACUGCUUCCUGUGUGCUUCCUGCCAGCAGCCAAUCCGGAACAACACCUUCCACCUGGAGGAUGGAGAGCCCUACUGUGAGCAAGACUUCUACAAUUUGUUUGGGACUGGUUGCCAUGGAUGCGAGUUUCCUAUUGAAGCUGGGGACAAAUUCCUGGAGGCGCUUGGUUACACCUGGCAUGAUACCUGUUUUGUUUGUGCUGUGUGCUGUACCACUCUGGAGGGCCAAACCUUCUACUCUAGAAAGGAAAAACCUCUUUGUAAGAAGCACGCUCACACGAUCAAGAUAUAAAUAUUACAGCCUUUGAAGGAUUCUCUGGUCCUGAUCAGGAUGGCUGCAGAAAUAUUCACCCUACAAGGCGGAGGACUCUUCUGUCAGACAUCAAUGAGGCUUCAAGUUAAUGGAUGUUCACCUGAGAUUAUGCAACCAAUUUAACUUGAAUUUCACUCACCAAAUAAGUUUUGUACACUAGGAAGUUUUUGGCAUCAAGCAAUAAAAAAAAACCAAGUAUGACAUCAUAUCAAUUAUCCUGAUAUAAAAGUUGAUAGAUUCAAUGUUUUUCAUGGUUUCAUAUUUUUUUCAACUCUUUCGACUGAUUACUCAAAUCUAUUAGGUGUAUAAAUAUUUAUUCAGACCCUUGCAGACAUUAGCAUUAGCUUGUAGAACUGAUCAACAACUAUCAAAUAUUCAAGAAGAUAAAAAAUUAUCCAUUAUUAGACUAUUUUAUGUGUCUAUGCAUUAUAUGGUUUCUAAGUGCAAUUCAAAAUCUUUGCUUAAACAGUUUUUUUGCAGACUGGAAUAAAAGUUUGAGGUCACAAUUAAAGACAUUUUUGUAAAUUUAGUUUCACAUAUAUUUUCAAUGUGUUUUAUGUAGUCUUUAACUGAUUCAACUCAAUUAAAUGUUUGACCACAAAAUAUCAGUUCAUAAAAAUGUAAAAGUUUGUUAUUUAGGAACAAGAACCAUAAAAUACAGCUCUUGAACGCAUGUGAUGGAAAUCCCUCAUUUUAUAUAUUAUAGCGAUGUAAACGGAUUGCAUAACACACAGUCAUCCGGACAAUAGCCCGUUUUCAACAGGAAUAUAUUUUCUGUGCCAAAGUAUUUACACAUCUUAUUUUAUGUUUUAUUUAUUUCAUUGCAAACAAAAAAUGUAAGAAUUUCUUGUUGAUUUAAUCUUGUAAACAGUAUAACAUGUUGCUCUACACUUUAGUAAGUUUGUGCUGUGUCGAAAUUCAUAAUCCAUUACUUUGUUCAUUUUUUAAACAUCUUAGUAAAAAAAUAUUUUUUUUUUACCUUACAUGUUUCAGCUCGUAACUCUAGCCAUCAUCAGAGUUAGCCGGUGUUGGUGGCGUUGCUUCCGUUUAUCCGGGCAGCAGAGGGCAACAUUUUUUAUUUUACAAAGCUGUGUUAAAAAAAAAAGAGCAAAGUAAUGGACUUUGUUCUAAUUUUUGUCCCACAGUGUUAAGUGUAAACUAUACUUAGAGAAGAAAUAAAAAUCAGUACUGGCUUCAUGUAUUUACCUAUUUGGUUAGAAGUUAUUUUCAGGAUCUGCAGUAGGGAUUGGAUGUAAAUUAGCAUUUACAUUUUUUCUCUCCCUCCUUUGACCAUGGACUAUAAAUGUUGGUAUUUCCUUUGUUUAUUUCUGUAGGAAAAUAGAUGAUUUUAUUCUUCCCCAAAUAUGAAUCAAAUAUAAAAGCCUUCCAUCUUGCUGGAAUGUGGGGAUAAAAGGGGAUGAAUAAGUGUACAAUGGAAAACUUAUCAAAUUGUUUGUCGUAUCUACAAAUGAGCUCUUUUUAAAAUCCAAGAUGAAUAAAAUGUUCUUUUAAAAUCCCUCAAAA